AUGUCAAAACGACCGAGAAGUCCAUCUCCUGUGACGGAUGUUUCGGACCACGAUUUCUGGACCUCCGAGACAAUCGAAGACCGCGCAUCUACCUUCCAGGCCUUUUUCUCACCAACCAUGCCUGCAAAGGAACUGCAGAACCUAGAUCGCAUCAAGGAUGCUUCACACCGUAUUUUGGCAUGGCGUAAACCAUCAUCUCAGAGGACCUUGGUCGGCGGUGUACGGACUUUGGAAUCAGGCACAGAUGAUGACGGAGAGCGCUAUGGAGGCCGUCACGUAUUGAAAAUCAUCGAAGAGAUGCGUGUCGAGGGCGCUCUAGUAGUUGCUCGGUGGUAUGGUGGGGUCAUGCUUGGUCCUGCCCGGUUCGCUCACAUCGAAAAUUGUGCAGGGGAUGCGAUUCGGGCUUGGCGGCAGAAGGAAGAUAGCGAAGGCCAGAAGCGGAGGCGAGUUGAAGACGAAGAUAUGGAGAAAAUGAGUCUCAUCGUGGAGCUGACGGACCGGGACCAGAACAUCUCGGUACUGAGGAAACUGCUAGAAGAAAAGACAAAGCAGGCGCUACCACAGACAGAGCAGAAGGCUCCUUCAAGACCUCCCGCACCAGCUCCUGAUUAUGGUUCGAUGCCUCUUGAAAGACUGCGGCAGUUCGACAAGGCUCGGGAUAGCACAGUGUUGUUCCUCCUGAAGAAAAUUGAUGAAGCGGAGAAACAGGAUACUUCAAACACUACGAGUACGACGGAGAAACACCCCACGUCGAGCGAGAAUCAUGUCAAAGUCGCACCGCUCAGGCCUUUUGAAGAGGAGUCAAGCGGUGAUGAUGAUAGCUAA